AAGCAAUGCAGAGUAUGUUUCCCUUAACUCUCCACUUAACCACUGACUCGGAAGCUAUGAAUCUGAAACUAACUUCAGCAUCGUCAACCUCAGGUAGUUGUAGCUUACUAAAAACACCAGGCUAACCCGGUCUGUCACUACCUGACGCGACAGUGCGCUCAUCUGUAUGAUUUUCUUUCGCCCCACGAGUUUUCAAGGACAAGCUCUCGUCAAACUUGCAGCUUUUUAGCUCAUAAAUGCGCCACCAGCUGCUGGCUGCUAGCAAGCAGAGUGUCAGCGGCUGAUCGACAACAAAGAGGGAGAGAGAGCAGCUGCUGCAGCUGCACACCGCUGGAGAGGCUGCUCACGGUGCUGCAGUUUGAUUUCACUGCAGAGUUUACAGUAAUCUGGCUGACAUGACGGGGGUGGCCUCUCCGGAGAAGGCGGCGAGCACCAAGAAGAAGAGCGAGAGGAAGUGUGCCACCAAAGAGGAGUACAGACAGCUGUCCAGCAUCAUGGGAGUCAUGAACAACCUGCGGAAACAGGGUACUCUCUGUGAUGUGACCCUGGUGGUUCAGGGGAAACACUUCUCUGCCCACAGAGUAGUGUUGGCUGCUGCAAGCCACUUCUUCAGCCUCAUGUUUACCACCAGAAUGAUGGAGUCGAUGUCCCAUGAGGUGGAGCUCAGGAGUGCCGAGCCUGAGAUAAUUGAGCUGCUGAUUGAAUUUAUCUACACAGCUCGGAUCUCUGUGAACAGCAGUAAUGUCCAGUCAUUGCUAGAUGCAGCCAACCAGUACCAGAUUGAGCCUGUGAAGAAGAUGUGUGUAGAGUUCCUCAAAGGACAAAUCGAUGCAACAAACUGCCUCGGUAUUUCCUCCCUGGCAGACUGUAUGGACUGUCCCGAGCUGAAGGCAGCAGCAGAGGACUUCUUCCAGCUCCACUUCACUGAAGUCUACAAACUGGACGAGUUCUUGCAACUGGACGUCACUCAGCUCACACACUUACUGCAUCAGGACAAACUCACCGUCCGUGCUGAGGCCCAGAUUUAUGACGCAGCGGUGCGCUGGCUGAAGUAUGAUGUGUGUAACAGACAGCAGUACAUGGUGGAGGUGUUGGGGUGUGUUCGCUUUCCUCUGGUCUCCAAAACCUUCCUCUCCAAGACGGUGCAGGCUGAGCCCCUCAUCCAGGACAACCCGCAGUGUCUCAAGAUGGUCAUCAGUGGGAUGCGCUACCACUUGCUUUCCCUGGAGGACCGAGAGGAUCUUGGAGAGAGCAGCCGACCGCGACGCAAGAAGCACGACUACCGCAUUGCUCUGUUUGGAGGCUCCCAGCCUCAGUCCUGCCGCUAUUUCAACCCUAAGGAAUCCACCUGGACAGACAUCCGCUGCCCCUUCGAGAAGCGCCGGGACGCCACAGCUGUCUUCUGGGACAAUGUGGUCUACAUCCUGGGUGGCUCACAGCUCUUCCCCAUCAAGCGCAUGGACUGCUACAACGUCCUGAAAGACAGCUGGUACUCCAAGCUGGGCCCCCCCACACCUCGCGACAGCCUGGCUGCCUGCGCCGCCCAGGGCAAGAUCUACACGUCUGGGGGGUCGGAAGUGGGCAGCUCUGCCCUCAACCUUUUUGAAUGCUACGACACUAGAACGGAGUCUUGGCAGGUGAAAACCAGCAUGUUGAUGGCUCGCUGCAGCCACGGCUCAGUGGAAGCCAACGGGCUCAUAUACGUCUGCGGAGGCACGGUGGGCAACAACGUGUCAGGCAGAGUCCUCAACAACUGUGAGGUUUACGACCCCAACACUCAACAAUGGAGAGAGUUGUGUGGAAUGAGAGAAGCAAGGAAGAACCACGGGCUGGUGGUGGUCAACAGCAGGAUCUAUGCUGUAGGAGGGCAGGGGGCACUGGGUGGACUGGACUCGGUGGAGUACUACGACAUUCCCAGUAACGAGUGGCGUGCUGCUUCAGCGAUGCCGUGGCGAGGCGUAACAGUGAAGUGUGCAGCAGUUGGUGAGGUCAUCUAUGUGCUGGCAGGGUUUCAAGGUGUGGGGCGGCUCGGACACGUCCUGGAGUACCACACAGAUAGUGACAGGUGGGUGACAUGCAGCAAGGUGCGGGCGUUUCCUGUCACCAGCUGCCUGAUCUGCGUGGUCGACACAUGUGGAGUCAAUGAAGAUGAAGACAUGGACCUCAUAGACUCUCAGUCACAUGCUGCAGCCACUGCCUCUUCAUCUGCCUCGACCUCAUCCUCCUCAUAGGACAAGAGGAGGAUUCAGUGUAUGUUAAAUUGUGACGUUUGAUGACUGUUGUGACAGUUUAUGGAUUCGUCCUUCAGUCUGGUAUGCAGCUGAUGGAGAGCUGUGCAUAUUUAGGCAGAAAACUGGUUUUGUUCUUUAAAUAAGUCCAUUAGCCACAUUUCUUUUUAACUUUUAGCUGUGCCAGAAUUGUAGGUCCUAAUGUUUAAAGUGCCAAUGGUACACUAUUUCAUAAUUUAAGGGAACAAGGAGACUUUUUUUAGUUGCAUACUUAGGCUAAUUUCUUUUAAACAAAAUUUAAAAAAAAGAAAAGCAAAAAAGUGGUAAAUACAAGUGGAGCAUUUUUUAAAAAAUUUGAUUUCUCUGUCCUUAUUUUAAAGAGUUUUGUAAUGUUGUUUCUGUUGUGAGAAUUGUAUUUCAUUCCAGAGUGUAGCAAAGGAGCUUUAAAGGUUGAUUUUUUUUGUUUUGGGGUUAAUUGUUUACUUUAUGUUUCCAUGGGAUAGUAAACCACCUAGCAACAGCCUGCUGAUGUUAUACCCCAUGAAACUUACACCUCGCAAAUUUGUGGGUAUGACAGUUGUCUUGACUUUAAACAUUUAUAUCUCCACAGUGGCAAAAUGCAUUUUUUCGUCACAUUUAAACGUCCAUAUCCCUUUGUUCUUUUGCAAUUUGAACUGUUAACUGAACUGCAUUUCUGAAUUGCUGCAUCUUGGUUGUGUUGUGUACAUAUUUAUAAGAGUAUUUUGUUAAUACACUGUCACUUAAAACUGACUUUAGAAAGAGUGAGUUAACAUUUUUCUCAGCUGUAUGUGGUUACAAGUAAAAAAAAAGUUGAAUGUGAAAAUUGAAAUAAAAACGUGUCAGUAA